AUGGCGGUGGAGCUGUGCAGAGUUCAUCCACUCGUUCCAGAUGUGAAGGCCACUAACUUCAGUGGGGGGCAGCACAGAAGCCAAACACAGCGAGUGGAGGAGAGCAAGAGUUGUGCUGCCUCUAUCCCCAGCACCGGUGCCCGCAGCCUGGUGUCUGAUCCACAGCGCUGGACAGGGAGCCACUGGGGGUCAAAUCAGAAGAGACUUCCUGAGGCUGUGGGAGCCAAGAGGAGGAGAGGGGACGUAAGACAGAGCCUGGUCCUCCCUCUCCUGAAGGACUCAACGCUCUUGAGCAACCCUGCCUUUGACACUCCCCAUGGGCCCCAGGAGAGGCCAAGAUGUUGUCAGGGAGAUGGAGAAACCAUUUCUUCACCUUCAGGAGACUUCCCGCUCCCACUGCCCAGCAAUCCCGUGAGGCAACAGCAGGGGCUGAGGCAAGUCCAGCUCACAGCCGGGGAGGAGAUCAGGGAUGGGGCAGGUCAGGGAGGAGUAUGCUUGGGCCAUUGCAUCAGGCCCAGGAGGGACAUAAAGGAUGGUCCUGCAUGCUGGGAGGAGACCGACUUGGGGACCAUGGAGACUCAGAGGGCCAGCCUUGCCCUGGGGCGGUGGCCACUGUGGCUACUGCUGCUGGGACUAGUGGUGCCCUCGGCCAGCGCCCAGGCCCUCAGCUACAGGGAAGCUGUGCUCCGUGCUGUGGAUCGCCUCAACGAGCGGUCCUCAGAAGCUAAUCUCUACCGCCUCCUGGAGCUGGACCCACUUCCCAAGGCCGACGAGGACCCGGACACCCCGAAGCCUGUAAGCUUCACGGUGAAGGAGACCGUGUGCUCCAGGACGACCCAGCAGCCCCCAGAGCAGUGUGACUUCAAGGAGAAUGGGCUGGUGAAACAGUGUGUGGGGACAGUCACCCUGGACCAGUCCAAGGACCAAUUUGACAUAAACUGUAAUGAGCUUCAGAGUGUCAGGAGAUUUCGCUUACCAUUCUUCCCCAGGAGGGGGUCACUGCAGAGGCUCCCUCCACCAAUAUUCCCCCCUGGACGGUUCCCUCCACCAAUUUUCCCCCCUGGACAGUUCCCUCCACCAAUUUUCCCUCCUCCAGGGUUCCCUCCACCAAUAUUACCCCCGCCACCAUUUCCAUUCCCCACGCCACGGUUUCCAUUCCCACCGCCAAGGUUUCCUGGUAGACGGUGAACAACA